GCGCUCCUCUCCAAGGAUAAGGCACGUCGAUGCACUCGUCCCCGACCUCCUUCCCUAAAUGUGACAAUUAGAACAUCAUUUUUUCCCCCAGCGACCCGUGAUUUGAUCUCUGUCUGUUUUUUUUUCUUUCUUUCUUUCCUUUUCCUUUUUUUGUCUUUCUUCCUCGGAGGGAGCGAGCGUGUGGAUUGUGUUCAUGUGUAACCUGCCAGCAGAGCUGUAGCCCUGCGCGCUGCGUUGGCGCUGCGGAUCUAGCCUGCAAGAACAAGAGCCAGCUCUCAGCCGUGGAAACAAGCGAAUCAAUUUAGAGAAGGGAAAGGGGAGAGACGGAUAGCGAGGCUCUGGGAAAAAACUCGAACGGGAGAAGGGGACGAGGGAAGAGACAACACAGACGUUACGCCGCAGCCCGACCGAGGCAUUAAGUGUGAAGAUACAGAUUCUACAGUGACAACACUUUUACAGACUAUCCUUGCCCCAAUUUGAUUUUUCCUCAAGUAAUUGCCAUGGGAACAAAAGUACAGGGUUCCCUCGAGUGAAAUAAGGAAAAGACAUCAAGGUGUCUGAUUGUUAUGAAAGUAUGAGUAAAAGGAAAAUUGCAAGAUUUUAAUGAGAACUUGUCUUUAAAAUAACAAUCUAGCUUUUCUCUCAGAUUUUAGAGUGACUGCUCAAAGGAGAACAUCUUAUGGGAGCAUUAAAUAUGAAGAUCACAAUAAGCACUUAAAUUCCACUGUUUGGAGGUGACUUAUUAACAUCCUAGUGAUAGGGGUGGGUCAUGACUCAGUUGCCAUGCGUGUUGUCAUGGUGACCAGCCCCUGUACCCCUUUCCCCCUCCUCUGGUUGGUCCAGCUUUUGUUGUGGUUUCACAACCAUGGAGCUCAGCUGACAGAGGCAGCACCCUCAUGUCCCACCCCUUGUACCUGCUCCAACCAGGCGAGCCGUGUCAUCUGUACAAGGAAGAGCUUAGAUCAAAUCCCAGAAAGUAUUUCAGAAAACACAAGAUACCUCAAUCUACAAGAGAACGCAAUUCAGGUGAUCAAGUCUGACACAUUUAAACAUCUGCGGCAUUUGGAAAUUCUGCAGCUCUCCAAGAACCACAUCCGGCAGAUUGAGGUGGGAGCUUUCAAUGGUCUGCCCAACCUCAAUACAUUGGAGCUUUUUGACAACCGUCUCACAGUGGUACCAUCUCAAGCCUUUGAGUACCUCAGCAAGCUAAGGGAACUAUGGCUAAGAAACAAUCCCAUCGAAACACUGCCGGCCUUUGCCUUUCAUCGUGUUCCCUCUUUAAGACGUCUUGAUCUAGGGGAACUCAGGAAACUGGAUUUCAUCUCGGAGGCAGCCUUUGAAGGUCUGGUAAAUUUGCGCUUUUUGAAUCUUGGCAUGUGUGGCUUAAAGGACAUCCCUAAUCUCACCCCACUGGUGAAACUAGAAGAAUUAGAGCUGUCAGGUAACCAACUAGGGAUCGUCCGGCCUGGAUCCUUCCAGGGCCUCGUGUCACUUCGCAAGCUGUGGCUAAUGCACUCACGGGUGUCAGUCAUUGAACGCAACGCUUUUGACGACCUCAAAAGCUUGGAAGAGCUCAACCUCUCCCACAACUCUUUGCAUUCCCUUCCCCAUGAUCUCUUUACUCCUUUGCAUCAGUUGGAGAGGGUGCAUCUCAACCAUAACCCAUGGGUUUGCAACUGUGAUGUCCUCUGGCUGAGCUGGUGGCUGAAAGAAACAGUUCCCAACAACACAACAUGUUGCGCUCGUUGCCAUGCUCCCCCAGGUCUGAAGGGCAAGUACAUUGGAGAAUUAGACCAGAGCCAUUUUGUCUGUUAUGCCCCAGUGAUUGUGGAGCCACCCACUGACCUCAAUGUCACUGAAGGCCAGCCUGCUGAACUUAAAUGUCGUACCGGAACCUCAAUGACCUCUGUGAACUGGUUCACCCCAAAUGGCACUCUGAUGACACACGGAUCAUACCGAGUUAGGAUCUCCGUGCUUCAUGACGGAACGCUGAACUUCACAAAUGUGACCGUGCAGGACACUGGGCAGUAUACUUGCAUGGUAACCAACUCUGCUGGAAACACCACUGCAUCUGCUGUGCUCAAUGUCUCGGCCUCUGAUCCCAGCAACAGCUACAGCUACUUCACCACCGUCACUGUAGAAACAGUAGAAACAAUAAAGGGAGAGGAAGAGGAUUCAGCAAGACAGUAUGUAAAUGAGACCCUCCUAGAGUUCCCUACAAUUCAUAAAGGAUUAGACGGCAGACCUGGUAUCACUAUAUCACCAUCUCUCUCAUCUCUUUCCUCACUUUCACCCAAAGCUAACCGAGGAACUACAAAUGCAGUGACGGAAUCGGUAAUUGAUGUAACUAACAUUCCAGGCCUGGAUGAUGUCAUGAAAACAACCAAGAUCAUCAUUGGUUGUUUUGUGGCUAUUACGUUUAUGGCAGCUGUAAUGUUGGUGGUUUUCUAUAAACUCCGUAAGCAACACCAGCUACACAAGCAUCAUGGCCCUGCCAGAGCUGUUGAAAUUGUCAAUGUAGAGGAUGAGAUUGGAGCUGGGGCCGGAAGCGGCAUCUCAGGUGGUUCAACAAUGAAUUCUGGAAAUGGUGGCGAGGGAACCCUAAGGAUACAUCAUCCAGAAAUAGUCAACCUUCCCAACAUUGGUCGUACAGAUACCCUCAACCAUUACUACAAGGCACAUCAUUUUAAUAACAAUGUGAUGGGUCUUAGCAUCGGCUCUGAUGUAAUGGGACCAGGUGGGAUCCUCAGCAAGAACCAACAUGGCCAGGACAACCCCAUCUCCUGUACCUCAGUCCCAAUGUCUACAUCUAAUUUGCUCACCACAUCAGGCAAUGGCACCAACACCAUCUCCAGUUCUAUGUCCCCGCCACUGCCGAUGUCUCUCCCCAUGGGCUUACAUGGAUCGAUCAAGGGUUUCAUGGGUCAGAACCAGAAUCCCCAAAUGGAGCCUCUUCUCUUCAAGGGGAACUCAAAGGAAAAUGUCCAAGAGACUCAGAUCUAAAAAAAAAGGAAAAAAAAAAGAAAAAAAAGUGGGAGUAUAGAGGGAGAGUGAGCAAGAGUCAAAGACAGAGAGGGAAUUGAUGUCGGGUUUACGUGCAGAGUUAUAAGACACAAGAGUGCAUUGACAUUACACGAGGAAAGAGGAUAGACUGACAUGGCAAUACACAAACGCAUAGACUUAUCUGUGACUGUGUACUGAGCCAAGGAUUACCACAAUGGCCCGCUUGUGUUUGAAGUAAUGACCAUGGAGAUCAAGGAGUGGACAUUGCUAAAAUGUAAAUCUGUGCCAAAGCAAAUGUUUUUUGCAGUUUCUACAAGCUGUGCUCUCAUAGGGGAAGAAAACAAAACAAAAACAAAACAAACCCCCCCCUCCCAAAAAAAAUAAAACUAGCCUUUCAGAAUAAAUGAGUUCCCAAAUUGUUGUUGGCCAGCAGAGCUGAAAGAGACACACAGUACUUACCACGCUGAAGAGCCAAGAUGUUGCAGAAUAAAAUCCAAGAGACAUUUUUAUUCCACAAAAUCAUGAGACACACUCUCUCUCAAGUGACUCAAUAGACUCCUUCAAGGUGAAAAUAAUGUAGGCAUAAAUAGAUGGACAAACUGGUACAGUGCAGUACAAACUACUGUGAAAAAUCCACAAAUUAUAUAAAUAUAUUUUCAUCUAAAUAUGUAUCAUUGCAGACUCCGAUGCAGACAUAUUUUGGGAUGGAUGUAUAAGCUGGUAUAGUUUGUUUCUUUGUGAAUAAUCAGGGGCGGUGAUAGUGGAGGUUUGUUAUGAUUUCAGUUUUGGCUACUUCUCAGAAACAUAAGGGCUCAAUUGCAACACUCAUUGUCAAUCUUUCAAUUGGCUUUGUGACAUUAAGUCGAUUUAGGUUGUAGAACAGUAAACGCAGAUCUCUGUUUGACAAACUUUUGUCUGUUAUUUCAGUAACAAUAAUUCCAAACUUUUGUGUUUUGAGAGUGUAUUAUGUAUUUUGUAAAAGCCAGCUACUUGGUAUUUGAAUUGACAGUUCUGUUACUUAAAUGCCAGCAUUAAAAUAAUAGUAAAAUAAUGUUUCACGAACAUGAAAAGGUUAUGUGAUGCAAAGACCUGUAUGGGUAAAGAAGUGUUGACAGUGUGUUAUUUGAAUCUGAUCAGUAGCCAGAUAUUUGCUUUUAGACAGGAAUUUGAUAUGACCUCCAUGCCCACGGUUACCAUAGUCAUGCCAUAAAAUGCUGUCAUAAGGAUGAUCAAGACACCUGCAGCAGCAUAAAACAAGGGAUCAAACAUCCUUCUUAGGAUGGUUGGGAUGAGUGCAAAUGUACAGUAUAUUAAUAAUGUCUGGUUGUAUGACAAUUGUAAGAUCCACAUUUUUACAGUGUAACUUUCAUAUGUUAAAUGCCAUUUACGCUUCUUGCGUUUCAACUAUGUAUUACUUUAUUUUUGUUAGUUUGAUAUAAUGUGUACAGUUGUCUAGCCAUGUAUCAUUACUUGUGAAAUAAAUCAAUCAUAUAUUGGGUUGUAGCGGGUCAAUAUGGCAACCACACAAGUAAGGAGUGAGACAUUAUGCAGUCGUCCGGUGCUAAACCUGGAUUGAAUGUAUGGUUUGUGGUUUAGCCAUUAGUCAUGCUGGUAAUGAUAGGCUUCGUUAAGAUACUCAGACAGGCUUUCAGUCACUCUCCUACAGACAGGUUACAGACACUGGUGGUUUUGUAAAAAAAAAAAAAGAGAGAAAAAAAAAAACAACAAAAAAACAAACAAAAAAAAGACAAAAAACAUAAAAAGAAAACUGUUUUUAUUAACUUAAUGUGAAGGAUGGCGCUUUAGUCUGUAAUUAGUCAGUAAGCUUGUCCCAUGGUGAUAAUUUUACACUGGUGUGGAACCGGCUUGGAUUGAAAAUGUGACUAAGGGAAAGCAAUAUGCCGAAUAAAAGUGCAAUGUUACACAUACAUUAAUCAGACAGGAAUGUUUGUUGCAAUUGAGCUCAUAUGGGACAUUUGACUGCUUAUUCCAGAGCUCUGUGGGCAAUUUUUGGGGGGCUUUAGUUUGUUUCACAUAUCCUUUAGAUCCAAUGUUUUAUGAUGGGUUUCAUGUGUGCGACAAAGGUCUGUUAUCAGAAUAUGAGCUGUACUAACUGUAGAAAAAGACAUAAGAACUUACAGUGAUGAUGAUGAUGAUUAUUAUAUGAGUUGUGACAUCAGGCAAAAUACAGAAAUUUAUGAUACUGAGGCCAUGGAAGGAACAUGUUCUAUACCAGUGCACGCUAGAGCCAACUUGUAUAAACCUAAAUUAUCUUUGAAAGAUGGGUCUGGCUUCAAAAGCUGUAGAUCAAACUGAAAUCACAUUUUUUUUAAUGCUUUAUUUGGAUUCUAAAAGCAGAAAUAACCAUGUGGCCAUACCAACAGAUCUAUUGGGCCGAGUUCAGCUGUUGCCCCACAGAGACACAAACAUAAUAUAAAUAAGUGAUAAAGGCACAACAUAUGUCCUCCCAGUUCAUGUGCAAAAUUCUGGUGCUUCUCUCGACAGAUUUAAAAGAGCAAACCAGAUACCUCUGUGUCUGAUAUUUAUUUGAGGGGGCUUUUUUGCUGAUCAACAUUUGACAAAUCAUCUUACCCUACUUUAUCAUGAUGACGAAUUACUUCAGCAGCACUGAACUGUUCCUUUCAUAUCUCUGAACAUCUGUAAGCUUAGAAGUUAUCAUCAUUGCUAAAAACAAUUAGAUGGAAUGCAAAAUAGCUUUGUUGUACCCACAGCUAUAGUCACACUGCCAGCAUCCAAAAACCACAUGAAAUUUGAUUUUAUCUUAUUUUUUCUUCAAAUAAAUGUGGUUUCAAAUGAGAUUUCAAUUGGAUUUGCUCAGAUUUGUCUCAGUUUGAACCGUCUGGUUCCUUGAAUAGGAAUUUAAAUACUCUUAGAGUAUGUGUCAUUUGCAACAACAACAACAUCGGCCAAAGUUACAGAAGAUAUCAGUUCUUCCGUUAGCUACCUGUAGCUUUCGUUUGCUAACAGCUAAUUGGCCUAGACCAUGCAGCCUGCUCUAAGGAGAUAUCAGCGAAGAAAGCUACCCAACAUGAAAUGCAGCAUUGGUCCCAUUAUAACCACCUUGCAGCAGUAGCAAAUCAGUACACUACCAGCCAUUUUGGUUUGAUUAUAUAGGUAUUAUGUGUGUACGUUACCAUUGUAACCAUGUGGGGAACAUCAGCAAGGAUAUGUAGAUUGGAUCUGAUCACUUGCAACAUAAUGUAAAUGCUUAGUCAGAAUACUGGCUUUGGUCUGGCAGUGUGAACAUAGUCUGUUGGUUGCAUUUGUACAUAAACUUGAUUUUCAAAAGGAUGGAGCUUAUUCGAGGAAUAAUGAGUAACAAAAAAACAAGAUGAAGAAUCUUGACUGGAGCCUGAAUAUGACCAUACCGGGCAGCUUCAUUGUGCAAUUAGACCACAGAUGGAGUCAUUUGUCGCUUUCUAAAGGAUGCUUCUGCCCAGAUGACAUUUUUGGGCUGUUGGAUGUAAAACUCCUUAACAAAAUGGAUUAUACCAUCUGAGGCACAAACUUGCCACGCAGGACAAUGGACUGACCAUUUGGUCCUGUAAAGGUAAGCUGUUCUGUUUAGUAAGACAACAUAAAAACAGGCUUUGAACGAUUUUAAAAAGGUGAGAGGAUGUUGUUAUGCAGUAGAAAAACUUUGAUUUGUUUGACACAAAACCCAUAAAAUUUUUGUUUCGUGGUCUUCUUUAUUUUCUUUUGUGUUUCCAGUUGUUGGUUGUUUCUUAGUAUGUGCUAAAAUCAGUUUGAGUCUUUAUGAAUCAUCAUUAAAUGUCAUUUUCUAGCACUCAGACAUGCAGGUACAUAGUGUGGCAGAGAAGUGCAUUUCUUCAGCAGCACCAAAAUCAGAAUGUGUUGUUCUUGCACUACAAUGGGUUUGUUAUCUUACCGUUUGCCACUUGUGUGACUUCAGUUUUCAGCUCGCUGGUAGGAGUUAUUCUGCUAUUACAAACAUAUGCCACUGUCGUUCUUUGUUGUGAUUUCAUCCCACAGAACACAUACUAACUAAAUAAGAAAUAAGCUAACAAGUUUAAGAUGAUGAAUGAUGUUUCAAAUAAGUUAUUGCGUGAAAUUUUAUGAUACAAAAUGAAAAAGUCUGAACCAUGAUUGUGUUUACACUGUAUUUUAUUCCUUACAUUAUUUUAAAAAAAAUCACACUUUAUUUAGGAGACAGGAAAACCUGUCAGAAUAAACUCUGAAAUGUAUUGUGUUAUAUAAAGAUAAAUGAAAACAUUAUAGCUAUACAGCAACAGCUAAAUUGAACUUCAAGUAUCAGAUGGCUGGUAAACUGUUAGUCACACACGCUUAAUUGAACAUUAAAAAAACAAACCAAGGUCCAUAAUUAGAUGGAAAGGAGUGUAAACCUUAGUUAGGGAACAAAACAAUGUGUAUUAAAUGAGUUUUGAGUGAGAACAGAAUGUGCAUUUGCAGCAAAAUGGCAAUUAAUGUUAACACUUGGGCCAGCUUACUGAAGAUAAAUAGCUAUUUUAAGCCUUUCCAAGACUCAAAAAUAUAAUUUCCAGACAUUAUAGAGGUGAAUCUCAGUUUAUCUUAUCAUAAGUGCAUACAGGUCAACUAUUAACAUGCAAAAAUACAAACAGAUACAAAUACAAAAGGAGGACAGUUCAUGGAGAGUUCAGAGGACGGUAUGUGAUGUGGCAACAACGGAAAUAUGUGUUUACAGCAAAAUAGCAAUUACUCUUAGCACAUUGCAUUGGGCAAUGAAGCUAAGUCAAAUAAAUUGCUAAUUUAUUUAUAUUCCACUGAAGUGAUAGUGUGGAUAGGGCCCCUACAAGAGAAUAAUAACUUUGUAUGUGUACAAAAUGUGUAUAAAAGGGUUUGUUUGUACUGGCAUCUCAGUAACUUGUUAAACAUCUAUUCAAGGAGAUUACAAAUGUCAUAAAAACGACUGUCAAAGUAGCAAGA